AAUCUAGAAUUCCCGCUUUUUUGACCCUCGUUGACAAUCAGCCUAUCACUUAGUUUGCAAAGUUGACACCCAAAUUUAGAAAGAAACUUUACGGUUUACAUACGUAGUUUCAAUCUUCGUUGAGGCAAGCAUUGCUAAAGCCUGAUGUUCAUUUUCAGGAGCCGACGAUGGGCGGCGUGAAGUGCACUGCACACAGGGAGUAUCGUGACUGUGGAUCUUAUACUUCAAGAUGAUGUCUCCUGGAAUUGAAUGGCCUGACUCUUUUUCUUCUUAUUAUGGCAUCUGCAUAUACCGUUGCAUCGGCUCCUGGAAAAGUAUUGCUGGCUGGCGGCUACUUGGUUCUCGAGCAAUGUUUUUCCGGCCUUGUUGUAGGCACAUCGGCUCGGUUCUAUACCGGCAUUCGUGCCGCCAAAGGCGACCCUCACAUCAUUCGCGUGUCUUCGCCUCAAUUUGAUGCUGCUUCUUGGGCUUAUUCCGCACAAGCCGUAGAUGAGGAGCUUGUCUUUGCGUCGUUACCAACCGAGUCCCAGAACAAGUUUGUUGAAACUUGCCUUCGUUUUGCUCUUAUGAUUAUUCAGCAAAGGAUUGAAUCGGAAAUCUUCAACAAGGUGAUGGAAACCGGACUCGAUGUCAGCAUCGUAGGAGACAACGAUUUUUAUUCUCAAAGACCUCAGUUAAAGGCGAAACAGCUUCCCACUACCGCCGAAGCCCUGGCCUCCUUACCUCCGUUUUGUCAUACCCAGGCCACGCUGGCGACAGUGCAUAAAACGGGAUUAGGCAGCUCGGCUGCAUUGACAACGUCGCUUGUGGCGGCUCUGUUCGCCCAUUUUAAAGCCGUGGAAAGUCUGGACUAUGAAGACGAUCGAGUUCUUAUUCAUAACGUUGCACAAUACGUCCAUUGUUUUGCUCAGGGUAAAGUGGGUAGCGGAUUCGAUGUGUCUGCUGCAGUUUGGGGGAGUCACCGUUAUCGUCGAUUUAACCCAGCUAUAUUAUCCCCAAUCAUGAAAGACGAUGUCGAUCCUUCAGCGCUGUUGCAAGCACUUGACGCACACAACAAAGAGUGGGAUAAUCUAGUCGCGCCUUUUACACUACCUUGCGGCUUAGAGUUGAUGCUGGCAGAUAUUGAUGCAGGAAGUCAUACACCCACAUUGGUAAGCAAAGUGCUGGCAUGGCGAAAGGCCAAAGCCGACGAAGCCAUCGCUUUGUGGGAUGAACUCGGAUUUUUCAAUGACAAGGUCGAAGAGCAUUUCAGAGAUAUGGAAAAAGCGUACGCCGAGGACCCUGCCACUUAUGAAAAGGCUCUGGAAAUUUGCGCUCAAACAAAGGCAUCACAGUGGAACGACCAAGCAAGCAGCAAUGCCGUAGUUCAAAAAUUGGCCAAUUUGGCAAAGGACUUUGGCCGUGUGCGUAGCCUAUUGCAAACCAUGAGUACAUUAUCCGACGUACCUAUCGAGCCGGCCGAACAGACGCGUCUUUUGGAUGCUUGCAUGAAGCUAGAAGGCGUGGUUAUGGCAGGCGUUCCCGGAGCUGGCGGCUUCGAUGCUAUUUUCUGCAUUGUUUUAUCCGAGAAGGCGAAAGAAAGCGUAUACAAAUUAUGGGAAACGUGGCAGGAACUUAACGUGUGCCCACUUCUUUGUGAAGCUGAUUCUCGCGGCAUCCAAACUGUUGAUACCACUUCCGUUCCCAAACUAGCCAAGGUGUUUGCAUGAGGCGGUGCACAGUAAAUGAAGAAUAUAUUUAAACCAUACAGGAGGAAUAUAAAGAGAUGAAUGACAAAAAUGGCGUUUCUAGCGUCCGAUUGCUGAAGAUUGAUUCCAGGAUAAACGAUCAUGAUCACCGAGUUUUCUAAUCCAAAUAACUUGA